AUGCCCUUCAAGUUUUCAAGCCUUCUAUACACUCCAAACAAAAGCAAUGGGAGUGAUGUGAAAGUUAAUAUUAAAAACUCCAAUAAAUAUAUAUGGUUAUCUGAAAAUCUAUCUGAUAUAGCUCCAAUUCACUCAAGAGCAAACUUUACUAGCUGAACUAUGCGGAUGUGACAAUUGCAUAUUAGCAGCAUACAAUGCAAUAAAAUUGUUGAAGCUGCACCUAUUCAUCCCCAAUUACCAUAG